AUGGCGGACGCAGCUCCAGCCGGUGGACGUGGCGGUUUCCGCGGUGGUUUUGGCUCUCGUGGUGGUGAUAGAGGCCGUGGCGGUCCUCGUGGCCGUGGACGCGGUCGUGGCCGCGGCCGUGGACGUGGAAAGGAAGAUCAAAAAGAGUGGGUUCCUGUAACAAAGCUUGGACGCCUUGUCCGUGACGGAAAGAUCGAUAAAUUAGAAAGCAUCUACCUAUUCUCUCUACCAAUCAAAGAGUUCGAGAUCAUUGACUUCUUCCUUGGCCCCUCUUUAAAUGACGAAGUUCUGAAGAUCAUGCCUGUACAGAAACAGACUCGUGCCGGUCAGCGAACUCGUUUCAAGGCUUUUGUUGCCAUUGGUGACAACAACGGCCACAUUGGACUGGGUGUGAAAUGCAGCAAGGAAGUUGCUACUGCCAUUCGUGGUGCUAUCAUCCUAGCCAAGCUAUCUGUACUGCCUGUCCGCAGAGGUUACUGGGGAAACAAGAUCGGCAAACCUCAUACUGUACCUUGCAAGGUUACUGGCAAGUGUGGUUCUGUAACAGUAAGAUUGAUUCCUGCUCCUCGUGGUACUGGAAUUGUGUCUGCCCCAGUCCCUAAGAAGCUUUUGCAGAUGGCUGGAGUCCAAGACUGUUACACCUCUGCUCGUGGUUCCACUGGCACUCUUGGAAACUUUGUUAAAGCUACAUAUGCUGCCAUUGCCAAGACCUAUGCUUACCUCACCCCAGAUUUAUGGAGAGACAUACCAUUAACCAAGUCUCCAUACUCAGAGUUCAAGGCAGUGUAA